UCCACAUGACCUCAACUAAUCGAGCAAGACAAGAACAGCAUGGCACGUACCGUCCCUUUCUCCAGUUCCUUCCUUCCGCACUUGCUUUUGAGUUUUUAAUCUAUCAUCAUUUGUUCUUUCGGUUGGAGAUUCUGAAAUAGUCUUUAAUCGAACCUUGCGGUUUCUUUUUCACGGGUUGUUGCGUUCUUCCAUCAUUGAUUUUUUUUUUUUUACACAAGACACCAACAUUUAGUUUAUCUGUCGUUUUCACAAACACCUCGUCUGCCAUUAGAUCCCGAUUCUGGGUUCUCCCUUCAUGCCUCCUCUGAAUGGAUUAGCUUUUGUUCCCACCAUUAAUUCUGGAACGAUUACCAUUACUUGCUACCCCCGAUUUUGAUGCUUGUGAUGCUGAUUGCUGAUAGCGACUUGAAGUAUGGGUUUAAUUUUUCAUUUGAUUUUAACAGCUCCUGCAGUAUUCAUUUCCAACUUCGGUUUGGUGGUGAUUUCUUGGAUACCCCUUUGUGUCUUAUGUCGCUACUGGUACCUGGUUUCCUUAAAUAACGAAAAACUCUCUUUGCUGGCUUCCCAUUCCUCUCUAUCAUAUACACGUAUCUUUUGUGCGUGCAGUUAUUUAUACAUCUCGAAUCUGAGAGUUGAGAUUGUUUCAUUUUCAUAAAUCUUCUUCUUCUUCCAGUGGAUGCUUUGAUAUCCUUGGGCCAGUGUACUUGAUUGCUGAAAAUGUGAGAGGAAAAUGAAGAGUUGAAGAAAGUAGAAGGUAUUCAAGAAGGGAAAUAUUUCUGGAAAGAGUAGGUUGCGAUGGUGGCGCAUAGGAAAACAGCUAUGGCAAUCAAGUCUUACCAAAAUCAGGCUCAGGUGCUGGUUAAAAACUACUUAUUAGCAGAUCCCUUUAUCCCAUACACUUCCAUCCUUGGAGGCAUAUUUUUGUGCAAAGUGGCCUAUGAUCUUACCCAAUUAAUCAGUACAUUUUAUUUUAAGAGUUAUAACGGUCUUACAAAAGUCCAACGAAUUGAGUGGAAUAAUCGCGGUAUCUCCACCAUUCAUGCCAUCUUUAUCACAGUUACAUCAUUGUAUUUUGUGUUCUGGUCAGAUCUCUUUUCUGACCAUCAGCUUGCUGGCAUUGUUACGUUUCGAAGCUCUCCACUGUCAGUUUUUGCAUUGGGGGUCUCUGUUGGAUACUUUCUUGCAGAUCUUGGAAUGAUUUUUUGGCUCUAUCCUUCUUUAGGUGGACUGGAGUAUGUUAUCCAUCACUCUCUUUCUGGAGUUGCAGUGGCAUAUUCUAUGUUUUCUGGAGAAGGACAACUUUAUACAUUCAUGAUCCUCAUCUCUGAGGUUACUACUCCAGAAGUCAAUAUGAGAUGGUAUCUUGAUACGGCUGGUAUGAAGAGGUCCAUUGCAUAUCUCAUGAAUGGUGUACUGAUAUUUUUUGCAUGGCUGGCUGCAAGAAUUGUGCUGUUCAUUUACAUGUUUUACCACGUUUACUUGCACUAUGAUCAGGUCAUCCAAAUGCAUCCCUUCGGAUAUUUCUUGGUCUUUGUGGUGCCUUCAGCGCUAGCUAUGAUGAACUUGAUGUGGUUUGGGAAGAUUCUCAAGGGACUGAAGAAGACAUUAGCAAAGAGGCAGUGACUGAUGUUAUAUGCAUGUACAAGUUAAUCUAAUUUCUUCGACUUUGUUGGUUCAUCUGUUCGUACGCAUUAUAUAUGCAGUUUUAUUCACGGUUGAAAUGAUGGAGUUGGGAGAAAGGAGAGAGUUGAAGACAUAAGGAUCUUUGCAGUCGCUGGAAAUCAAAUUGGCUCAAGUUGCAUAACGCUUCAGUUAUGAAUAUUAUAUAUAUACAUACAAGUACUCCACUUAACUUCAACCACAUGCAGUAGUGGGUCCAAUUUGCUCAAUCUUAGGUUCCCUGUACCUUCUUUAUGAUAGAAGAGGGAAAAACAAAGUUCAAGCUAUUCGGAUCUUCCAUCUGACUGGGGAUUGUUGUUGUAUGUACCUCACGUUGCAUAUAAUGUUUAGUAACUUAGAUCA